CCUACUGAUAUAUCAGGUUUCCAGGGUACGGGACAUGCCCAUUAAUCGCUGCGCGUUUUGUUGCUCAGGAGGGGUGGCUGGAGCGUCGGGGGCGGAGACGAAUCAUGCGCCGCACCUCAGCGGGUUAGAAUCGGAGCGGAGAGCGCAAUGGGCUGUCGCUCGCUCGGGGCUGUGAUCCGCCGCUGGUGCGUCGGAGAAGAAAACUGGGUGGAUAAUCGGACAGUUUAUAUUGGACAUCGUGAACCCCCUCAUGGCACGGAUGCUUAUAUUCUACAAAAAUAUCCUGAUAACAGAAUUGUAUCUUCAAAGUACACCUUCUGGAACUUCAUUCCCAAAAACUUAUUUGAACAGUUCAGAAGAGUUGCAAACUUUUAUUUUCUAAUCAUAUUUCUCGUGCAGUUAAUCAUUGAUACUCCAACCAGUCCGGUAACAAGUGGACUUCCAUUGUUCUUUGUCAUCACGGUGACAGCAAUCAAACAGGGUUAUGAAGAUUGGCUUCGGCAUAAAGCAGAUAAUGCAGUGAAUAAAUGUCCUGUUCACAUCAUCCAGGAUGGAAAGCUGGUUCAAACACAGAGCAGCAAACUGCAGGUCGGUGACAUUGUGAUGACCAAAGAGAAUGAAACUUUUCCCUGUGACAUGGUCUUCUUAUCGUCAAGUAGUGACAAUGGGACAUGUUUUGUCACUACCGCGAGCUUGGAUGGAGAGUCAAGUACAAAGACAUAUCAUGCUGUUCAAGAAACAAAAUCUUUGCGGACUGAGGCAGAAUUGGACUCUCUGAAUGCCACAAUUGAGUGUGAGCAGCCCCAACCUGAUCUGUACAAUUUUGUUGGUCGAAUCAAUAUUUACCAUGAGUCAGAGGGGCCAAUUGCAAGGCCUUUGGGAUCGGAGAAUGUGCUGCUGAGAGGAGCAACUUUAAAAAAUACACUAUCAGUUUAUGGUGUGGCAAUAUACACGGGCAUGGAAACCAAGAUGGCAUUGAAUUAUCAAUCCAAAUCUCAGAAGCGUUCUGCUGUAGAAAAAUCAAUGAAUGCAUUCCUCAUUGUGUACCUGUGCAUUUUGAUCAGUAAAGCUUUGAUAACUACAGUCUUGAAGUAUGUAUGGCAGAGUGAUUCCAUGAGAGAUGAGCCUUGGUUUAACAAGAAAACACAGACAGAACGCCAGAAAAAUAAGAUCUUGUCAUCGUUAACAGAUUUUCUGGCCUUCAUGGUUUUGUUCAAUUACAUCAUUCCAGUCUCCAUGUAUGUCACUGUGGAGAUGCAGAAGUUCUUGGGCUCCUACUUCAUUACUUGGGACGAGGAAAUGUUUGAUGAAGAAGUUUAUGAGGGACCAACAGUGAACACAUCAGAUCUGAAUGAAGAAUUAGGGCAGGUUGAAUAUGUUUUCACAGAUAAAACUGGAACCUUGACGGAGAAUAACAUGGAGUUUAUCGAGUGCUGUAUUGAUGGCCACGUGCACGUGUCUCAGUCUCUGUCCAAUGGCCAGAGCUUCUACAGCGACGCAGCAAUUGAUUUUAUUGAUGCACCUGUUGCAUUAGUGGAUCAGGGAAGAGAGGAGCUGUUUUUCCGUGCACUUUGUCUUUGCCACACGGUCCAGGUUAAGAAGGAAGACCAAACUGAUUACCCAAAGCAGCACCAGGAAUGUCGGAGGUCCUCAGUUUAUAUUUCCUCCUCACCAGAUGAGAUUGCUCUGGUGGAAGGUGUGAAGAGGUACGGAUACACAUUUCUGCAGCUAAAAGACAAUUUUAUGGAGAUUGAGAAUGCAGAAGCUGCAGUUGAAAGGUAUGAAUUGCUCGAGAUAUUGAACUUCGACUCUGUGAGACGGAGGAUGAGCGUCAUCGUUCGAUCAAAUUCGGGAGAAAUAAUACUGUUCUGUAAAGGAGCUGACUCGUCCAUUUUUCCCCGGGUAAAGGAGGGGAAGCUCGAGCUGAUACAGCAGCGAGUACAACGUAAUGCAGUGGAAGGACUGCGAACAUUAUGUGUGGCGUACAAAGUUCUUAGCUGUGAAAAGUAUGAAGAGGUUCACACACUCCUCCAGAAUGCAAAGCUCUCCCUCCAGGACAGGGACAAGAAGCUUGCUGAAGCUUACGAUGUGGUUGAAAGGGACUUUAAUUUACUGGGAGCAACAGCAGUGGAGGACAGACUGCAAGACAAGACUGCUGAGACUGUAGAAGCUUUGCAAAAGGCUGGAAUAAAAGUCUGGGUUCUCACAGGAGACAAGAUGGAGACGGCUGCAGCCACAUGCUAUGCAUGCAAGCUUUUCAGAAGAACUACAGAACUCUUUGAGUUGACAACUAAACGAAUAGAAGAGCAAAAUUUACAUGAUGUGCUCUUUGAUUUGAGUAGAACAAUUCUGAGACAAAGUGAUACUUUGCGGAGAGACAGUUAUUCAGGAUUUUCUCAGAAUGAUUUACACGAUUAUGGUCUGAUCAUCGAUGGGGCCACGCUGUCGCUCGUCCUGAAACCUGCAGAAAAUGGCAGUACAAGCAGCUACAAAGAUAUUUUCCUGGAAAUAUGCCGCCAUUGUAGUGGGGUUUUGUGCUGCAGAAUGGCGCCUCUACAGAAAGCACAGAUAGUUAAACUGAUAAAAGCUUCCAAAGAACACCCCAUAACCUUGGCAAUUGGUGAUGGUGCAAACGAUGUCAGUAUGAUACUGGAAGCUCAUGUCGGAAUAGGUAUUUUGGGAAAGGAAGGCCGACAAGCUGCACGGAACAGUGACUAUUGCAUUCCCAAGUUCAAACAUCUCAGGAAGCUGUUGCUUGUCCAUGGCCAUUUUUACUAUAUUCGGAUUGCUGAACUCGUCCAGUAUUUCUUCUACAAGAAUGUUUGCUUCAUAUUUCCUCAGUUUUUAUACCAAUUCUUUUGUGGAUUUUCUCAGCAGCCAUUGUAUGACACUGCUUAUCUUACAUUGUACAACAUCAGCUUCACCUCUCUCCCUAUCCUGCUGUAUAGUCUGAUGGAACAACACGUCAGUAUCGACGCUCUAAAAAGAGACCCAACGUUGUAUAGGGAUAUUGCCAAAAACUCCUUGUUAUGUUGGAAGCCUUUCCUUUACUGGACGUUCCUGGGAGUGUUUGACGCUGUGGCAUUUUUCUUUGGUACUUAUUUUCUAUUUGACCACUCAAUGAUGACCAGCAAUGGGAAGGUGUUUGGAAACUGGACCUUUGGCACGCUGGUGUUCACUGUACUGGUUUUUACAGUAACUCUUAAGCUUGCACUGGAUACCCAUCACUGGACAUGGAUAAACCACUUCGUGAUUUGGGGUUCUCUGGGGUUUUACAUCAUAUUUUCUCUGCUCUGGGGAGGUAUUAUCUGGCCUUUCUUGGAUUACCAGACAAUGUACUAUGUCUUCAUACAGAUGCUCUCGGCAGGACCAGCCUGGUUAGGGAUUACACUACUACUGACUGUCAGCCUUCUUCCAGAUGUUGUUAAAAAGGUCAUCUGCAGGCAGCUUUGGCCGACAGCAGCGGAUAGAGUUCAGCAGGAGAUCCUAAGGAAAUCCAAGAAGUCAGAAUUCACCCCACUUGCUCCUGCACAGACUUCCAUCUACACAAACAACAUGCACAGACCCCACGGAGAAGGAAAGCCUCUCUCUAAUCCAAAUUCAGGAAAGGUGACGCAUACAUAUUGGACAGAGGAUGAAUAUUGUAACAGUCUAUCAAUGUUCGACUAUUCUGGUAAUGACGACCCUUCCAAUCCUCGCUCUCUGUUUGUUGGAUCUGGUCUGGAAACGCCAGUAUAGAAAAGAAUAUUGUUGAUUUUGAAUCUAAUCAUUUCUUGUUUUAGUAAAACAAAUACGAUUGGGUUCAAGAUCCACUUUCAUAUUAAGUGUUCAUAUUAGUUUUCAAAUUAAGUGUACAUUAAUAUGACAUUCUAUAUUCUGCCUGGGUUGGUGUGUCCUACAAAAUACACAGUCCGGUACUGUGUGGCUGGAGCCAUUACACAACUGUAUUAUCCUUUCAUUUUCUUCGGAACUCCGCUUUGUCAUCCAGUAAUAUUCAAGCAUUGUAACAUCCAACAAACUGAUCAUCAUCCUAUCAACAAGGGGACUUCAAUGGAAGGAAAGUUUUGUUCAUUGUUCACCGUGUCUGUCAAAGUUCCUUUAUAUUCAUCCUUUAAUAAAGCUUACUUUGACUUUCUAUGCAAGCAAAAUUCUCUGCAGUUCAUCAAGAAAUCGCUAUUAAUUUGCUGUCUCUAAUUGGUUCAUGCAAACAGCAAAUGAACUCUGGUGCCAUUUUGAGCAUUGUCCAGAAGGAAUGGAAGAGGGAACUUCGUGACAUCAGCCAAUGUCACUGCAAUUUUUGCUGUUACCAUGUUAAUUAUUGCAACUGUUUGCUGAUUGCUUUAAUUUCUGGGGUGCUAUUACAUUAAAAUGACAUUAGCUACAUGUUAAUUCAGGGACCUAUAAUCUUGACUUGCCUCCCUAUGCUGGUCCUUAUUGCAGUAGUUUGUAUUUUAAGCCUAAUGUUAGAACAGCUUACAUUGAGCCAGUCUACAAUAUUGGUUAGUUCACUGCUAAUUCACACCUUAUGGAAUAUUUGAUUCUUUGUCUGGUUAUAAUAAUCAUGAAUACUCCAUACGGGUUAAAAGACAGAUUCGGGCUGGUCACCAUCUUGAUUUCCUAAUUUAAUUUAACAACUCACAUUGAUAUUUCAUCAGCUAUUGCAAAACACUUUGCAGGAGCAUUAUGAGAUAAUAUUUAGCACUAGAUCACUCAACUAGGACAGAUGUAAGGUAGCUGAUUGAAAAUAAAAAGCCAGAAAGCCAUUGGGCCAACAGCCCAAAAUCAUAAAAACUGAACAGACAUUAAUAGUAAGCAAAAUGUUGCCACUUUGAAGCCCAGUGCCCCUGAGGAAACAACUGGUUGCUGCAUAUAUUGUUUUCUGACGAUUUGUUUGUUGUUAUUCAAUAUCUUCAAAUUGUUUCCGGAAAUCCAUAUCAAUACCGUAGACAUUCCUUUCCAAAAUAUUAAGGAAGAGCGCCACGUUAGCAUAGCAAUUAGUGCGGCACUAUUACAGCUUGGGGCGUUGGAGUUGGGAAUUCAAUUCCAGCACACCAUCUACAAGGAGUUUGUGCAUUCUCACCGCAAUCACAUGGAUUUCCUCCGGGUGCCCUGGUUUCCUCCCACAGUCCAAAGACAUACUGUUAAUAGAUUAACUGGUCAUUAUAAAUUGCCCUGUUUAAAGCUAGGGUUAAACAGGUGGGUUGCUGGACGGCCCGAAUGGCCUGCUGGGUGCUGUAUCUCUAAAUAAAUAAAGCUGCUUUUAAUAUCAGCUUUUGAAAUUCCUGCCAUAUUGCCCAACUCUUCCCAGAAAAUUAUGGGAAACUAUCUUUUUCCAGGCAAUAGUAAUUGCCUAAUUUGAUUUACAGAAUUAUAUUUGAAGAAAAAAAAACAUGCCAAUAAAGUGUAAAGUUACUGAA